AUGAUGAAUCUCUGCAACAAGAGUAGAACCAAUGAUGUUCCAUUGGAUCUACAGAUCGAGAUUCUCAACAGGUUGCCUUUAAAAACCGUAGUUAGGUUUAUGGUCGUAUCUAAAUCAUGGCAACAAAUCAUCCGCAGCAAGAGUUUCAUCACAUCGUUUCCCUUUCGACCCAUGACUCAACCUCCUUUGCGUUUCCUACUUGCUUUAUGCAAUACAGAUGACCAAAAUUGCAGCUUCUUCUCUUCUUCUUCGUUAUCGUCGUCAUCAAUAUCGCUAUCAACCACUUUUUUAUCCAAAAUAACACUUCCUCUCCGUCGUCGAGUCCCGUAUCCUAGUUAUUACGUUAAUGGUUUGGUGAUGAUUGGAGAUACCAUUUGUAACCCUAGCACCGGAAAGACCAUACCUUUACCAAGUCUUAAUAUAUAUUCCUAUGCCACAUGCUUUUUCGGAUAUGAUCCUGUCAAUAAUCAGUACAAAGUAUUUAGAAACACCCCGUAUCUUGCACAACAUUGGAAUCGCUUUCUAGUACUCACAGUGGGUGAUAAAAAAAAAUCAUGGAGAUCUAUUAUUUGUGACAUUCCUCACAGACCUUGGUCUAACGGUCUGUGUAUAGAUGGGUUUGUGUACUACACUGCAAUCACGUACACAGGAAUGUGUCUGAUGAGAUUCGAUUUGAACUCUGAGAAGUUUGAUAUCUUUGCUAGAGUAUCUGAGGGUACCAUAGCUUUGUUGACUUCUUUUGAGAACGGUUCAAAUAAUUUGAUAAAUUACCAUGGCAAAGUAGCCAUAGCCAUUCAACCUUCUCCCUCAGUGCCUUCAAUUGAUUUGUACGUUUUCGAAGCAGGAAAACAGGAUUACAAAGAAAUGUCUUUUGAUAAUCUUCCCCAGCUUCCUUUACUUAUGAAAGAUGUUAUGAAUCAUCAUACUGGUGACGACAUUAUAUUUGCACCAAGAUUUUCAAGCACUGAGGCUAUUUUUUUCCAUCACGAUCUCAAGGGAGGUUGUUUUAAGAAGAUGAAGUUUGAAGUUGACGCAAAGCAUAAUUUGUUUAGUGAAUCAAUUUGUUUCAUGGGUUACGUAGAGAGUCUUAUGCUGAUUUAA